AUGGUCCAGAUUGCGAAUUCGCAGAAGCAGGUUUCCUGGUCUGAUAUUUCCAUGGCAGAUGCCGCGGGCAUGCAAGUCCCUAAGAAUCUCUGUUGCUUGAUAGACGAGUGCUUGAACAAAUUGCGACUUCAUCCUGCUGUUCAUAUAAAUCGACAAGGAGUGCAGAUUUGGACCACAAAAGGGAAGAACCAAGCAGAGAUGACGGCCAUUAGGACCAUCAAUGUGGAAGUGGCGUGUGUAUGUAAUGAACCAUGGAUCGCCUUCAUCUUGAUCGUGAUGGGCCAGAAUGUCGUGGCACCAGAUUAUGUUCUCCUCAAUACUCGACGGUUGUUCGGCCAUCAGGAUCCUGAGAGCCACCCAACUCCAACUCGAAGAAUCGCGCGCCAGUCAUAUCGUAGAAGUAUCUCCAGCGCCAAUCUUGUGGACUAUGCGAUAACGACCGUCAUCGUAGAGAUCGCCGAGAUGAACAGGAUGGUACCUCCCAUUCCGUACAUGGAAUACCCAGACUCGAUUUGUGGCGAUUGGAAAUCAUCAGAGAAAACCGAAGCUGUCUCGAGAUCGAGAUCAGGAUUCGACAAGGAACUCAUUUUCAUGCUGAGUGGUACCGAAGAAAUCAGAUAUAAAGUUGUUGAAUAA